AUGGAAAAAGGAUACCAAGAAACAGCUCCACCUUACCCUGGCCCACCCUUGAACUAUGGGGGUGCAGCGUAUCCACCUGGAGUGUACCCGCCACCGAGUGCAGGACCACCACCUGCUGGAUUCCAAGGAGGUCUGAAUGCCACCAGGGCUUUGACUCACAUGGUGGUAACACCUUCACUGCAAGACAGUCCGGCACAGGCUGUGUGCCCCCACUGUCAGAGCACAGUUAUCACCCAGGUAGAGCGCACUGCAGGCCUGAUGACAUGGGCCGUCUGUGGAUGCCUCGCCCUCUUUGGGUGUUUUAUCUGCUGCUGCAUACCAUUCUGUGUGGACCCUUGCAAGGAUGUGGAGCAUCACUGCCCAAACUGCCACAGAGUCAUUCAUGUUUACAAACGAUUAUAA